CCUACUCCUAACCUACCCCUAACCUACCCCUAACCUACCCCUAACCUUAACCACCCUGCUUACCUUAUGCAUAACCCAAACCUCAGAUGAAGACCCAAAAAUCACAUUUUUGUAGCCAUAUUUUGGACUUUGUGGCUGUGGAAUCUGACUUUGUGGCUGUGUUAUUUAGUGGAAUUCCUUCACUGAAGGCAGCGACGUGAGCAGCGAAGGCCGCGUUAUGACUCUGUGCCGCCCCCUGGUGUUCAGUAAAAGAGAAACACCGUCAGCUGCAGAACAGGACGACGUUUCAAACAUCAGGAAACGCCCACUUUAGUUUAUCGCACGUGUCAAUAAUGUUUGGUAUCAAGUGACCCCUUGCGAGGCGCGCGGAAGUCAAUUAACGGGAAUCAUUCUCCGGUGAGCAGAGUUUAGACUUUCAAGUAUCGCAGCUGAAGUUUGACGCAGAAUACAAGUCCCUUGUGUGUUUGAGGCCUGUGUGGUAAGAUGGAGUGGCGAGAACAGACCAGUGUGACCUGUGAAGACGCCUUCACUGAGGCUCAACGGUGGAUGGAGGAAGUGACAAAUAAAUCAUUCGGAAGCAACAACUUCCGCUCUGCUCUGGAGAAUGGAGUCCUGCUCUGCCAUCUAAUCAACCAGUUGAAACCAGGCCUUAUUAAGAGGGUGAACACGCUGUCUACUCCAAUGGCCGGACUGGACAAUGUGAAUGUGUUUCUGAGAGCGUGUGGGACACUCGGUCUACACGAGGCUCAGCUGUUUCAUCCUGGAGACCUGCAAGACCUGUCCACACGUGCUACACUCCGGUGUGCAGAGAGCAAAAGGAGGCUGAAAAACGUUCUAAUCACCAUCUACUGGCUGGGUCGGAAGGCCCAGGCGGAUCCCUUCUACUCUGGCCCUCAGCUCAACCUCAAAGCGUUCGAGGGACUACUGGGCAUCGCUCUGUCCAAGGCUCUAGAAGAAACCCCCAGAGGCAGUGUAACAGACAGGGACUACAGUGAUGUGAUCUACCCAGAGAGGGAUGAUGAGCUGCUGCCUCUAACCCGGUCCCAGACACCCGGCUACAGCAGAGAGGACUCCGUAGAGAGCUUUAACUCGGCCCUGAGCUUCGGCUCAGGGAAUCCCGUACCCUCAGCUGUAUCUCUGACUCCAUCCUGAGGGCCGGCAGCGAGGACUCCAGCAGUGACGUGGAGGCGGAGAACUCUUUUAGGAUGAAGGCGGCCGAGGGCAGAGAAUCGGGACUGAGGAACUGGGGCAACGUACCUGCACCCUUCCAGAGGAAGAAACGUGAGGAAAACCGAAUUAAGGGCUGCCUCCCGAGCCCCCUCACCAGCCGAAAGACAACAGGUUCCUCAGGGUGAUUCAGGCUGUGACAUCACUCCCUGGCUCGUUGUUCCUGUCUUGUCUGCACCCCCUCCAGCCAGCCACCCCCUCCCUCCAGCCGCCCCUCCCUCCCUCCAGCCACCCCCAUCCCGACUUUACCUUCACCCCUGUAUCCCAGUUCAGUGCUUUGUGCAACCGAAAAUGAACUAUUUCCGAAGAAGUAGAUUUUAAACUAGGCUUGUGUGGUAUCCAGAUUGUCAUGUCUUCAUACCGACCUUUGAUCCAUCCUGAGAUAUUCAGU